AUGCUAACUCCCCCAUCUGUGAGCGAACAAAUUUUCACGGAGGCGGGGAGUAGGUUCCCCGCUCUGUGAGUCAGUAAACAAAAUUUGCUCUCUCAAGGAGGGGAAAAAAUCCAAUUUGUAAAAAUUAGACAUAACAGAAGAGAAUUAACUAGAGAUUUUAUUCAAAUAUCAUUAUUUAUAUAUCAAAUUAUUAUAUUAAAGCAGUUGUUACACACUAUUAAAGAGGUUUAAUUACCAAAAAUUAGAGAUUUUUUCUAAUUAUUUAACUCAUUUGUGAGGGGGAUUAAGGAGAUUUGCUUCCCUAUUAACUAAAGACCAAUUAGCUGGGCUUAACAGCGCUCUUCCUAGCUGGUCAAUUGUUAAAGACAGGCCAGCAAUUCAGAAAAGGUUUAAUUUUAAAGACUUUAACGAUGUUUGGAAAUAUAUAUAAAUGGCCAGUGGCAAGUAACCCAUCCUCCGAGUGGCUUUUGGUGCAAGAAGCUGCCCAAGGGUUUUGUUAGCCUCGAAGCGAGAGACCCAGCACUAGAUUAGUGGUCUGACUCGAGUAGCAGUUUUUUGCCAGCAGCACCCAGGCCCAGAACGGGUGUCGGAUAGAGGAAGGGCGUCUUACCUACCUAAGCUGCUUUUGUGGCCUGCCCUGAAUCUGCGCAAGCACAUUGAGUUUUUUCCUCGGAGAUGAUCAGGAGAAAAAGGGAAGACAAUCUAGACAGAGACCUCAGGGCUAGUCUCUCCAAUCUAAAAGGGUACCUCAAUGAGACGAUCUGGCCUAAGCUACGCAGGGUUGAGCAAUUGGCACUUGGGUUGGAAAUGGAGGUUCCCCUGCAAAUCUGGUUUGUCCAGAUCAAGAGGGGAAAAUGCCUCUACCGAGUAACAAGGGGUUUCGGUCUGGACUCAAGCUGCCUUGAUAAGUCCACCCACGUUCAUCUGCGGAAUAGACAGCGCUUAAGGAAGUGGGGACUAUAAAUACCCAUCGUAAUCUAGUCUAACGAUGCUUGGGAGUUUAUGAGACUUGUUGCAAAAGUGGCUGAUCAGCAAGAUCACCAUCCUGAAUGGUUCAAUGUCUAUGGAAGAGUUGAUGUAACACUUUCUACUCAUGAUGCUGGAGGAAUAACAGAAAAAGAUGUAUGGCUUGCACAAUUUAUGGAUAAAGCUGAGUCUCUAAUUAAGCACGAGCAUAACGAAUAA